AUGGCGGGCCUCAAAUCAAUCGCGGCUCUUGCUGCUUUUGCCGUAGCAGCGGAUGCAGCGGCCUUCCAGGCUCGCACCAGCAAGCCGCUUGUUGACUCGCAAUCGCUCCGUGAUACGCUUGACAUCGACAACCUGUACGCCAAGGCAGAGAUACUGCAGAAGAUUGCAUACAGCACGCCGGGCAAGAACCGCGUCAUUGGUAGCCAGGGCCACGAGGACACUGUCGAAUACAUCUUGAGCCAGCUCGCGGCAUUCCCAGACUACUACGACGUGUACACUCAAGAUGUGCCGCUUUCGCUCGGAAGCAGUGCCACGCUCAAGGCCAACAACAACUCGAUUGAUGCCUUUGCCGUAGCCCUGGCUCCUGGCGGCAACGUCACGGGUCCGCUUGUUGCUGUGCCUAAUCUGGGCUGUGAGGAGGCGGAUUUCCCAGAGUCACUCGCAGGCUCCGUGGCGCUCAUCAAGCGCGGAGUGUGCUCGUACGGCGAGAAAGUCCAGAUUGCCGCUGCCAGGGGGGCAGUUGGAGUAAUUGCAUGGAACAAUGCCGAGGGCACGCUGGAAGGCUAUUCGCUGCAAGUUCUGUUUCCCAAAGGCGACUUCGUCCCUGUUGCAGGCAUUACCAUGGGCCAGGGCGAAGCGCUCCUCGCGCAGCUGAACGCAGGCGUCAAAAUCUCCAUUGACAUGUCUACCGACGCCAAAGUGUACAAGACGCGCAAUGUCAUUGCCGAGACCAAGGCGGGAGACCACAACAACGUCAUCCACGUGAGUGGGCACUCGGACUCUGUAACGGCGGGCCCGGGCAUCAACGACAACGGAUCCGGCACCAUUUCCAUCUUGGAAAUUGCCCUGCAACUCACAAACUUCAGCGUCAACAACGCGGUGCGCUUCAGCUGGUGGACCGCCGAGGAGGCCGGCCUGCUGGGCGCAGAGUACUACGUGCACGAGCUGUCUGCGGCCGAAAAGGACAAGAUCCGCCUUCUCCUCGACUUCGACAUGAUGGCCUCGCCAAACUUUGCAUACCAGAUCUACGACGGCGAUGGCUCUGCGUACAACCUGACUGGGCCCGCGGGAUCCGCCGAGGCCGAGCACGAAUUCGCAGCUUACUUUGAUAGCAUUGGGCUCAACCACACCGAGAUUGAGUUUGACGGACGGUCAGACUAUGGUCCGUUCCUCGAGGCGGGCAUCGCUGCAGGCGGUAUUGCGGGCGGUGCCGAGGGCAUCAAGACGGAGGCCGAAGCCGACAUGUUUGGUGGAGGCGCGGGCGUCCCUUACGACGUCAACUACCACGAGGACGGCGACACGGUCAACAAUCUGAAUCUGGAUGCGUGGAUCGAGUUCACGAGGGCCAUUGCGCACAUGACGGCCAAGUAUGCGGUUUCGUGGGAUAGCUUCCCGCCGAGGAACGAGACGGCGGCGCAGAAGCGGUCAGAGAGGUAUGCGCAGUACAAGCAGCGGUUCCAGCAGACAAAGAGGUACCAGCGGUGGGUGUAG